UUUCACGGCGCAUGGUCAUGUUGGUUGAUUUGACUGAACCGCCGAGGUGCUGUGCGUGCUGAGGCCAUGCUUCAAUUUGCAGAUCCCACUCGCACACUAUUAAGAUGACAUACGAGACAACUGGCUUCAGUUAAUUCAAUUGCGAUUACCUUCCGGGGCGCAUUGAGCUCCGUUGAGACCGAAUGCUUGAAGGUAGGCAGUCACGUGAUCAAUUCCCAUCGUAGCGAACGUGAGGCAUCGCUGGCUACUGUCCAUCAACCACCUCACACAUCGCCAUCAGCACAUCUUCUCAAAAUGGCGUCCGAAGCUCCUCCACCAAUUGAACAGCAGUCUGUACCUGCGCCAGAGGUCACAGACACCCAGAUGAAGACCGAGGAGCCGGCAGCUGAGGAGGACCCCGUUGCACCGGCACCUGACCGCGUGCCUACACGCAAGGACGUCUCGUUGCGCGAACUGCUUCACAGGAUCGACGACUAUGCGCCCAUUAUUCCCGACGCUGUCACACACUACUACAUGACAAAGGCCGGCCUUCCACCCCCACCGCAGACCGAUCCCAAACUCGCCCGUCUGCUCGCCCUGGCGACGCAAAAGUUCAUUGCCGACGUCGCCGCCGACGCCUACCAGUACUCGCGCAUCCGCGCAUCCAACACGAACCAGAACAACCCCAUGGGCAACCUCGGCGCGGCCGCUGGCUUCCCCGUGCCGGGUCAACAGGCCGGCGGGGGGCAGCCUGGCGUGGCGCCCGCGGCUGGGAAAGAUGGCAAAGGCGCGACGGGAUCGGGCGGUGCUCCGCUGGGUAUCCAAAGGCCCGGCUACGGCGGUGGCGGCCAGGGCGGGAGCCAAAACCGUACCGUGCUGACGAUGGAGGAUCUCGGCAUGGCUGUUGGCGAGUACGGCGUGAACGUGAAGAGGAGCGAGUUCUACCGCUAGGCUACGUAGGUAGAUCGGAUGAGAACCACAUCCGAUGGACAUGAUUUACUGCACGGCGUUUCGGGGUUACAUCUUUCACACAUUGGCGUUCCGGUGGAAUGUGUCGGACCAUGCAUGGCAUGAUUAGAAGCAUCGGGCCACUGCGUAGUGGAGAUAUGCACACAGCGGCAGCAAAAGAAUAGCGUCGCCAAAAAAAAACCAAGCAAACAAGAUGGAUAUUCGCCAAUGCAUUGUCCCCCCGGUGAUGAUACAACAUAUGAUACACACGAGAACCCCAUCAUUUGGUGCCCCUCCACCUGUCUCGUUGAAUACCUCUUCGCGUCCUACGGCUUGUUAGCGGGAAGCGAUAGUGUGUGGUGACGAUGCGACAUACGGCGAGAACUCUCCGAGCUUGUGUCCAACCAUGUCCUCUGUGACCUCU